UAAAUAAAUUAACCAUAGUAAAUAUGAUAGUAAACAGAUAAAUUAACCUAAAAGUAGACAAAUCAGUAAAUAUGAGCAUUUUUAAAGUACAAAGGCUAUCGUUUUGAAAAACUAAAGUUUAGUAUAUCCUUAGUUUCUUAACAAAAGGUUGAAAUCUAAUUAGAUGGACUUGAAUUUAUAUAGUCAUAAGUCACGGGGCCUUAAGCAUGUUAAAAAUAAGAGAAAAUUUAAACCUGAAAUUCAACAGCGUAAUGAAAGCAGCAUCAAGGAAAUCAAUGAAGAAAGACGUUCAUUGCAAAAUAAUUGGAGCAGAUAUGAAGAGUGUAAAGAUGACAAUAACACUGAUCUCAGUUCCACAAACUUUGCAAUUUUGGCAGAAACCCCUAUAUCCAAAGGAGGGCAUUUUCAAUUUAAGAGUGACAGAAUUGCUGAUACAGAAAUUGAUGAAGAUCAACUUUUUAAAUUGGACCUCAACUUAAUCGCCAAGAGUAUCUCAACAAUUCCCUUGACUAAAAGGUGUGAUAUUCCAGAAGAAUAUUUUACAAGUGAAGAAUUGCAAGCAAUAAAAAGUAAUGCUGCUGUAAAAAAGGAUGAAUACUUUGAAUAUUUAUCAAAAACAAAAAAGUUGGUAAAAGAAGAAAAUGAAGCAAAUGAUGAAGUUAAUGAAACAGCCAUUAAUAAAAUAAAAGGUUGCUAUGCAACCUGUGUAUAUAACAUAUUUAUAUUUAUACAGCAAUUUUAACAACUGUUAAUGGUAUU